UGAGGACCGCUCCUCCGGUUGGUCUGCGUGUCUGUGGGUCGUGUGUGCUGUUGCCCAAAGCCAUGGGCAAAACUGCUGACCGGCGGGCUCCAGGAGCGCGGCUCGACCCGGUGCGCAGCUUUAAUCGCUGGAAGAAGAAACACAGUCACAGACAGAAGCAGAAGAAGCAGUUGAGGAAACAGCAAAAGAAGCCCGAAUGGCAGGUGGAGCGCGAGGGUAUCAGCCUCCUCGUGGAGAACUACGGGAAGAUAAAUGUGAAUGAAAUUACAAGAUUUUCAGAUUUCCCCUUGUCCAAGAAGACACUGAAAGGUUUGCAAGAAGCCCAGUACCGCGUGGUGACCGAGAUACAGAAGCAGACGAUUGGGUUGGCUUUGCAAGGGAAAGAUGUGCUGGGAGCUGCCAAGACUGGGUCUGGCAAGACUUUGGCUUUCUUGGUUCCAGUGCUGGAAGCCCUGUAUCGUCUGCAGUGGACCUCAACAGAUGGCCUGGGGGUUCUGAUAAUAUCGCCUACCAGAGAACUGGCCUAUCAGACCUUCGAGGUUCUCCGGAAAGUGGGGAAGAAUCAUGACUUUUCAGCUGGCCUCAUCAUUGGUGGAAAGGAUCUGAAGCAUGAAGCCGAGAGGAUCAACAACAUAAACAUACUCGUUUGCACACCGGGUCGGCUUCUGCAACACAUGGAUGAAACAAUAUGUUUUCACGCAACCAAUCUCCAAAUUUUAGUUCUAGAUGAGGCCGAUAGAAUCUUGGAUAUGGGUUUUGCUGACACCAUGAAUGCCAUCAUUGAAAAUCUUCCCAAGAAGCGUCAGACUUUACUUUUCUCAGCAACACAAACCAAAUCUGUAAAGGACCUUGCACGCUUGAGUUUGAAAGACCCUGAGUACGUCUGGGUGCAUGAAAAAGCAAAAUACAGCACUCCUGCCACUUUGGAACAAAACUAUAUAGUGUGUGAGCUGCCGCAAAAAAUAAGUGUGCUGUACUCCUUUUUGAGAAGCCACCUGAAGAAGAAGAGUAUUGUAUUUUUCUCCAGUUGCAAAGAGGUUCAGUAUCUGUAUCGAGUGUUCUGUCGGCUGCGUCCUGGCAUCUCCAUCCUUGCCCUCCAUGGCCGACAGCAACAGAUGAGAAGAAUGGAAGUCUAUAAUGAGUUUGUCCGCAAGAAAGCUGCAGUGCUGUUUGCUACUGAUAUUGCUGCCAGGGGCCUAGAUUUUCCGGCUGUGAAUUGGGUUCUUCAGUUUGACUGUCCAGAGGAUGCCAACACGUAUAUUCACAGAGCAGGUAGAACAGCCAGGUACAAAGAGGGUGGAGAAGCUUUAUUGAUUUUGCUCCCAUCAGAAGAAAAAGGGAUGGUGCAGCAGCUUCUGCAGAGAAAAGUUCCUGUGAAAGAAAUCAAAAUCAAUCCAGAAAAACUUAUGGAUAUCCAGAAAAAAUUGGAAUCAUUUUUAGCCCAAGAUCAAGAUUUGAAAGAAAGAGCUCAAAGGUGUUUUGUCUCCUAUAUACGUUCAGUAUAUCUCAUGAAAGAUAAAGAAGUAUUUGAUGUAAGCAAGCUACCUAUUCCUGAAUAUGCCUUAUCUCUUGGUCUUGCUGUGGCACCACGUGUAAGAUUUCUUCAGAAAAUGCAGAAACAGUGCAGCAAAGAAUUGGUAAUGGACAAGGCCAAUAAAGCAGAUGAGCCAACGGUUCCUUCCCUCACCAAUGAUGAAGUAGAAGAAUUCAGAACGUAUUUCAGCGAGAAAAUGUCCAUUCUUCAGAAUGGUGGGAAAAGUCUAGACCAGACAGAGGAUGGACUGUCUAAUGCUACCAGUGAUGAAGAACAAGAAGAUGAAGAAGAAGUGGAAGAAAAAUUGGGAAAAACAAAAGAGGCUCAAAUUCAACCUGCCUCUGGUACUGCUGAGGCACAGAAGCAGAGGGAAGUUCCUCUGCAGUUCCUGGACAGAGAUGAGGAGGAAGAAGAUGGACCUGAUGGUGAUUUCUUGAAGGUGAAGCGACACAAUGUGUUUGGGUUGGAUCUUACAGAGAAGAAUGAAUUAGAGAAGAAAGAACCUUCUAAAUCAAAAGUCAAGAAAAAAGUGACCAAAGUUGCAGAAGCCAAAAGAGUAAUGAAGAGAAAUUUCAAAGUGAAUAAGAAAAUAACUUUUACUGAUGAUGGGGAGUUGGUUCAGCAGUGGCCACAAAUGCAGAAGACCGUUACACAGGAUCCUGAGGAAGAAGAUGACACAGGUGGUAUCAACUUAGACAAAGCAAAGGAAAGGCUUCAGGAAGAGGACAAAUUUGACAAAGAAGAAUAUAGGAAGAAAAUUAAGGCAAAACAUCGGGAGAGAAGACUGAAAGAAAGAGAAGCCAGAAGAGAAGCCAGCAAGAGACAAGCAAAGGCCAAAGAUGAAGAAGAAGCCUUUCUGGAUUGGAGUGAUGAUGAUGAUGAUGGUGGGUUUGAUCCGAGCACACUUCCAGAUCCUGAUAAGUACAGAAGCUCUGAAGAAUCAGAUAGUGAGGAUACGGAAAAUAGAAUGAGUGAUACCAAGAAGAAGCAGGGAAUGAAGAAAAGGAGCAGCGAAGUGGAAGAUGAUGGACCAGCAAGUCGUGGGAGGAAGAAGGCCAAGUGGGAAACCCUGGAGCCUCUGGAUACAGGCCUGUCUUUAGCAGAGGAUGAAGAACUGGUGUUGCAUCUGCUGAAAAGUCAAAACUAGCAACUUCCUGCACUUGACAUCUCCUUGAAAUCUGGUGUUCUUUUUGCGGACAGGAAAAACAGUUGACUUUUGGGCACUUAGCUCUGGUGUGUCCCGUUUGUAAAGGGCACAUUUUCCAGGAAGAAGCAGCUAUAUAGCCAAGUCCUUCUCACAGACCAUGCUUCUUGCCACACUUCAUGCCACAAUGAAUCCCAGUGUCUAGUGUGUGCUGCAUUAGGCUCAGUCCACUGGCUUGCUCAUGUCAAGGGAAGGACUCCCUUUGUUCAGCUUGCAAGUACUGAAGCCCUUGUCCUACUGGUAGAAAUUGGAUUUUGCAUCUACAUUACUAUUAAACAAAAUCAUACAUAAUUUUGUUUUAUUUAAUGUUCCCAAAGAGAUACUAUGAUGGACCAGCCCUGAGAAAGCAGGUGUAUCUUUGAAUUGAGAUAAUCAAUAAUAAACAUAUUUUCUA